UCCAUCUCUCCUCCCAUGGCAACUGUCUUGCUCUUCAAGACAUAACAGCGCCAAAAGAACCCUUUAAACCCUCCUCUUUCUCUUAAACCCCAAACCCAAGGUUUCUCCAUACACCAUCUAUCAUUUUAUUUCCUUACACAGUAAAAGAAAAAAAUGGGAAAAACAAGUGAAAUUGGAGGGCUAAUCUCAGCAAUAGCAGCUUCCUUUUCCUUUUCUCAAUCAAAUUUUGUUUCUUUUGCUGAUGGCCCUUUUAGUUUCUCUCCUUUCUCUUCUUCAAACCCUUCUCCUUCCCCUCAAUCUUCUUCGCCUUCUUCUUCUGUACAAUCUCAGCCGUCCACUUUGCCUCAAUCAACGGCGGCCGAUAAUAGUGAGCCUGCUCCUAGAGCUCCUAGGAAUGAUCACCCACGAACGACAUCUGCUGGGUUUGAUCCUGUGGCUUUAGAGAGAGGUGCUAAGGUUUUGAGAGAGAUUACCUCUUCCUCUCAUGCUAAAAAGCUCUUUGAGACUAUAAAGACGCAAGAAGCAACGAGGCAGGCAGAAUUGGCUGAAAAAGCUGCAGAAUUUAAGGCAUUGCAAGCUCAGGCUGAAACUGAGAGACAAAGAGUGGUAUAUGAUGAGCAGAGGAAGCUGGCACAGCACCAGGCACAAACUAAAUCCCAGAUGGCUCGCUAUGAGGAUGAACUGGCUAGGAAGAGGAUGCAGGCUGAAAAUGAAUAUCAAAGAGCAAGGAAUCAAGAGCUUGUGAAACUGCAAGAAGAAUCAUCAAUAAGACAGGAGCAGGCUCGAAGAGCAACAGAAGAACAGAUUCAAGCACAGCAGCGACAAACAGAGAGGGAAAAGGCUGAGAUAGAACGUGAAACAAUUAGAGUGAGAGCUAUAGCAGAAGCAGAAGGGAGAGCCCAUGAAGCAAAGUUAGCUGAGGAUGUUAAUCGGCGAAUUCUGAAGGAUCGUGCAAAUGCUGAAAUGGAGAAAUGGGUUGCUACAAUAAACACUACCUUUGAACACAUUGGAGGUGGUUUGCGAGCAGUUUUAACUGAUCAAAACAAGCUGGUCGUUGUUGUGGGAGGAGUCACGGCACUUGCAGCAGGGAUUUACACAACAAGAGAAGGUGCUAGAGUGAUUUGGAGCUAUGUAGAUAGAUUACUGGGACAACCAUCACUAAUCAGGGAGUCCUCCAGGGGCAAAUACCCUUGGUCAGGAGUUUUUACCCGUUCCUUGAGCACUUUAUCAAGUGGUGCAAAUAAGGGAUCGACUUCUAAAAAUGGAAAUGGAUUCGGUGAUGUGAUUUUACAUCCUUCUCUUCAAAAACGAAUUGAACAGCUGGCUAAUGCAACAGCCAAUACAAAAUCCCAUCAGGCUCCAUUUCGGAACAUGCUUUUCUAUGGACCUCCAGGAACCGGGAAAACAAUGGCUGCUAGAGAGUUAGCUAAAAAAUCUGGCUUAGAUUAUGCUUUGAUGACUGGUGGAGAUGUUGCUCCGCUGGGAUCACAGGCAGUCACAAAGAUUCACCAGUUAUUCGACUGGUCCAAGAAGUCUCGGAGGGGUUUGUUGCUAUUCAUUGAUGAAGCAGAUGCAUUUUUGUGCGAGCGGAACAAGACCUACAUGAGUGAAGCUCAACGAAGUGCACUGAAUGCCCUUCUUUUCCGCACUGGUGACCAGUCCAAGGAUAUAGUCCUUGCACUUGCCACAAACCGCCCUGGUGAUCUUGAUUCAGCUGUUUCAGACCGUAUAGAUGAAGUUCUGGAAUUCCCUUUGCCUCAGACAGGAGAACGUUUCAAGCUGCUCAAGCUUUAUCUGGAUAAGUAUAUAGCUCAGGCUGGAUCAAGAAAAUCCGGUGGUUGGCUCCAAAAUUUGUUCAAAAGACAACCACGGAAGAUAGAAAUAAAGGGACUGACCGAUGAUAUCUUAAAGGAAGCAGCAGAAAAAACAGAGGGAUUUUCUGGGAGAGAAAUAGCCAAAUUGAUGGCAGGUGUCCAAGCAGCAGUUUAUGGAAGUCCGAACUGUGUGCUUGACGCAACCCUGUUCAGAGAAGUGGUAGAUUAUAAAGUUGCAGAACAUCAACAGAGGAGUAAACUGGCAUCAAAAUCAGAACAGAAGAGUCAUUAGGGUGUCUGCCUGUUGAAGUGAUAUUUUUUAUGGGCUGUUCUAUAUUCGGCUAAGGAUAAGGUACACGAGUGACUUAGCUAACGAAAAAAGCCCACAUAUUUUUGGUUCCGGGCAUCAUGUUUAUCAUUAUUUCCCCCCCUUUCAUGGGGGAAUCUUGAAAUUGCUUAUUCUAAAUUUUGUUAGAUUUGAUGAUUGUUAUCUUUA